AUGAGUUUGGCGCUUGAAAGACGGUGCCAAAUCUUCCAAAAGAAACUUGAACAGAAUUUAAUGAUUGCUGAUACUCAAAUUCAACAAUUGAUGGACUAUUAUACAUCAUUAGAAGCCCAAAAUACAGAAUUAAGUGAUCAAAUUACGCGCCUUGAUAAUCAAUUUCAACAAGAAGUAAGUAUUAAGCAAGGAUCAGAACUAAGAAGAAGGGCUCAACUUAAAUCAAAGCUUGCCUCACUAAAAGAUCAAUAUCGACAAGAAAUAUCAGAUCUAAAGCAUGCACAAGCACUUCAAUUGCAAGAGAUACAAAAGGAUUUUGAGAAUUCACUUCAAAAAUUACAAAAUGAUGAUAAAAAACAAACAGAUAAAAUCGAAAAAGUUUAUAACCAAACAAUUACAGAAUUAGAAACCACAUUAGAGAAAACUCAGCAAGAUAUUACUAUUGCUGAUAACGAAAAAGUCGAUUAUCAAACGAAAGACAUAUAUGAAGCGCAAAUUCAAGAUUUACAAAACGUUCUUGCUCAAAAGAACCAAGAACGUGUUAAUAACCUGCUUUCUUCGAAACAGAAGCUUCUUGACUGUGUUACAUCUCUUGAAGAAAACGAAAAAGAGCAUAAACUAAAAAUGGAUCAAAUGAGAGAGAAAUUAUUGCAAGAAGAAGCGGCCUAUAAACAAAAAAUACAAAGUAUAAAGGACAGUUAUUCAUCUACGCUCGGUCCAAUUAAGAAACAGAUAACAAAUCAGGAAAAUCAGUAUCGAAAAGUUAAAAAGGAGAUUCAUGACUUCAAAUCAGAAGCAAGUAUACAAUUAAACAAUAUGAACACUGUUUUUGAGCGAACAAGACAAGAUUUGACUCAUUAUUCCAAAAUUAGUCAACAAAGUACUGUAAUUGAAAAACCAUCAGCAAAUAUUGAUACAAGAAGUGAAGAAUUAAGAAGAAUUGUUCGACAGAAGGAAGAAACGCUAAAUAAAGAACAAGAAAUUAAUAAUAAACUUAAAAGAGAAAUUUGUCGCCUCAGAUUUGAAAGAAGAACUGCAAAAAGCGAGUUUUGUUAA